AUAAUAUAAUAAUGUCAAAAAAAUAUAUUAAAAUGGAUAAAAUAGUAAAAACAAUUGUUCAACAUAGUGAUAAUGAUAAAAAAGAAUUUUCAGAUGCAUUAAAUUGGUGUGUACAAGAAUUAAAAAUAAAUAAUUAUUAUGACAGUGAUGUUAAUAGUGAAACAAUAUCAUGGGAAUCAAAAACACUUGGUGAAGAAAUAUAUUUAUCAAUAAUUGAAAUAUUACGUAAAAAGCCAUUAUUUGAUGGUGAUUGGGUACUUGAUACACCUGAUAAUACAAAUUGUGAAAUAAUUAAUAUUGAUGACAAUAAUUAUGAUGCUACUCUAAAUUCUCAUCAACGAAUUACUAAUAAAAAUACAGAUGUCGUGAUUGGCGUUGAUCGUAAAUCUGACAAUAAUAAACAUUGUAAAUUAAUUCGCGUUAAUAAUAAUAAUAAUAAAAAUAAUGAUGAUGAUGAUGAUAAUAAAAUUAAACAAAAUAAUAUUAUUAAAAUUAAUCAAAAAAAAAUUGUUUCAAUUGAGAGUAUUGAGACUGAUUUUAUGAAAAAUAAAAAAUCUCAAAUUAAUAAUAAUAGAGUACCAAUUGUUGUUGUUGAAAAAAUAAAUAAUGAUAUUAUUAAAUCAUCAAUUAAUAAUGAUUCUAAAAAAAAAAUAAUUAGUACUGUAACAUUGGAUAAUGAUGAAAUAAUAAAAUCACCAGGUGAUACUAUUAAUGCUGAUGAUGAUGUUGAAGAAUUUGAUCCAGUUGGUGGUGAUGAUGAUUUGAGUAUUGAUCAAGAUAGUACACAUGAAGAUGAUAAUGAUAAACUUGAUGUUCAAGUUAUUGAAAAUAAUGAUGAUGAUAAAAAAUUAUUUAUUAUUCCUUGUAAUAAUAAAUUAAAAAAAGAUAAUAUUAUUAAAUUUAUUGAACAAAUUCAUGUUGAUGAUUUGGAGACUGAUUUUUCACAUAAUAGAACAUGUGAAAUUGUAUCACAAGCUCCAAGACCAGAAUCACCAAUGUCAACUUGUUCAAUAUCUGAAUUUGAGCCAAUUGAUGAUGACGAUGAUGAUGACGAUGACAACGAUGAUGAUGAGGAUGAUGAGGAGGAGGAUGAUUGCAGUGAUGAAAGUUCUAGUGAUAAAAGUUACAAAAAUGAUAAUAAUAAAAAUUUGAGUAAUAUGGAUAUUGUUGAAAAUGAAAUAUUUGAAAAUAAAAAAACAAAUAAACAAGAUAAUAAUAUUAAUAAAUUAUCAAAUAACAUAUUGAUUAAUCAAAAUAUUAUUUUAGAUAAAAAUAAAUCAUUAUCAAAUAAUAAUACUAAAAUCAAUUUGACUGAAAAUAAAAUUAAAAAUAAUCAUAAUACAAUUAAAAAUAAUACAAAUAAUAAUCAUUCAACAUUAAUGAUUAAUGAUAGACCUAAAUCAAUACCAAACUUAAUUAGUGAUGAAAUUUUACCAAACAAAAUUAAAGUUAUUAGACUACCUCCAGAUAGUAAAAGUGAAAAUAAUAAAAAUGAAAUAAUUCAUAAUAUAAAUAGUAAUAAAAAAAUUAAUGAAUCUGAAAAUAAAAUAAAUAAUGGACUUCAACAACUUAUGAAUAAAUUAUUAAUGGCUAAAAAUUCUGCAAUUGAUAAAAAAAUUCAUAUUAAUACAGAUAAUGUUGAAAAAUAUGAGGCUGAAAUAUUAAAACAUUGUGCACAAAAUAAUACUCAUUCAAUUGUUGAAAAAAAAUUACUAACAAAUGACAUUGUUAAUGAUAAAUUUAAGACUGUUAUUUUAAAUGAUGAAUCAAAUAAAAUAAAUAAUAAUAUACCAUUAUUAUCAUCAUCAUCAUCGAGUGAAGAAAAAUUGAAGAAUUUGAAUCAAUUAUUGUAAAUACUGUUGAUUUGAUUAAUGAGGAUGAGCCAAUGUUAAUUGAUGAUAAUCAAAUUGAUAGUAUUGAGACUGUAUGCCUAGAUAAUGAUGAUAUAAUUGAAAAUAAAAAUUCAACAUCUUUAACAGCUGAUGUUAUUGAUAAUGAAGAAUUUGAAACUGAAUAUUUAACAAAUGAUGAUGUUAAUUCUGUUAAAAAUUCAUGUGUCAUCAAUGAAUUGAAUGACGUUGAAAAUGAUAAUUUAAAUAAAAUAGAUACUGAUAAUAAUUUGCAAUCUAGCAAUAUUAUUAAUGAAAAAAAACAAGAUAAAAUAAAUGUACUUGAUGAACAAAUACAAAAUUUGGAAGAUGAAAUAACAGUUUGUCAUAAUACAACAAUUGAUAAUAAUUUACAAGCUGAAAAAAAUAAACAAAAAAUAUUAAAUGGUAAAUCAUCAAGUCAAGUUGAUAAUGAAGACAUUGAAGAAUUUGAUCCUGAUCUAGGUAGUGAUGUAGAUAAUAUUGAAAAUAAAAUCAUUGAAACAGAAUCUGUGCUUGAAACAAAAAAAGAUGAAAUAAUUGUCAGUACAAAUAAUCAACUACUUGAAAAUGUUGAUGAAGAAAAAACAGUUAUAUUUGAUAAUAAAAUACCUGAUGAUUGUUUAAAUGUUAUUAACCAAAAUAUAGCUUUUGAUAGUAUUGAAAAAAUUGUAGAAGUUGAAACACAAAUUUCAAAUGACAACGAUAUAAUUGUAAGUAAAAAUAAGUCACUAAUUGAACAAGUAGAAGAAGAGCAAAUAAUAGAACCAGUACAACAACAACAUCAACUAACUAAUAAUAUUGAAACACAAAUUAUUGAUCAACAUCAAGAAGAACCAGUACAACAACAACAACAACAACUAAUUAAUAAUAUCGAAACACAAAUUAUUGAUCAACAACAAAUGAUUGUUGGUCAAGAUUUACCAAUGAUUUGUGCUAAAGAAGAAGUAGUUAGUUUUAGAAAUAAUUGUAUAACUAAAAAUGAUGAUUAUGAUAAACCAAUAAAUCAAGUUAUACAUAAUAAUACAGAAUUAAUAAUUACUAAAAAUGAUAUUCAUCAAUUUGAAACAUUUGGUGAUAGAAUUACAAUUGGUAGUGAUAUUAUUAUUGAACAAGAUAUAUCAUCAAAUAAUACAUCUGUUUUAUUAAAGCCACAUGCAGGAAAAAAUUGGAAUAUUGAUAACGAUGUUCCACUUGAUUGUACAAAAAAAGAUAAAGCAAAUUGUGACGAUGAACAAAUACCAAUAACAAAUGUUAUACCAUCAAUAAUUUAUCAACAAGAUAAAAUAAUAUCAUUAAAUUCAACUCAACAACCAAUUCAACAGUCUGUUAUUGAUUCGGUGUUUGACAGUGAUCAUGCAUAUCCAACACAAGAAGCUACAAUGAUUCAUGGUAAUGAAUCACUUGAUUUACAAAUUGGCAGUCAACAUGUUAUUCAAGCAUUACAAAAUGGUAUUGGAGAACAAUAUUGUUCAAAUUUAACUGAUGAAAAUUCACAAAUAAAUCAAGAAGAAGAGCAGCCUGUAUUUGCUGAUAAAGUAUUUAAUGAUCAAAGAUAUUUUAUACAGCCAAUAUUUGAUCCAAUAUCAGGAAGUAAUUUAGUAUUAAAUCAGUGUCCAGUACCAACAACACAAAUAUCACUUGAUGGUAAUGAAGAGCAUGGUCUUGCUUGGAAUCAAAGAGGAAAAAAAAGAAAAUCAAUGGAAGAUAUUGAUGAAGAUGAGGAUGAGGGAGAAGAUGAAGAUGAAGUAGGUGUUGCUGAACAAAGUGUUUCAAUGAAUUCUCCUCAUUCAUCUAGAUCAAUGUUUACAAAUGAUAAUCAAUAUACACCAUAUGAAGAAGAAAAAGAAGAAGAUGAUAAUGAAUAUCAUCCACCACUCGUAGAAAUCUAAAU